GCUUCGUGACCUAUAAAUCACCGCUGGGAACAGGUGCUGUAGCGUGCCUUAGUAUUAUCGAUACAGCUGUACAGGGUUUAUACAAACACUAAAGCAAAUCCAUAUAGUUUUUUGUGCGGCCCACCCGCCUUUCGGCAAAGUGAUAAUGACUUUGACGAGUGGCGCGAACCGACUCCCUUCGCCACUUCUUCGCCUUCGAUAGAUGUUCCACCCGGUUUGAGGAAGAUACAAAAAGUUACCGGAAUAUAGAGUCAUAAUUUGCGCCCCGCAUCGUCACACCCCUCGACUUCAAGGAGGUGGGCGGCCACACGCGAAUGAAUCACGGCAUACUUGGAUUGAGUAGAAACUUGGUACUUAGCAGCAGCAUGAAAACCGGAACUGAUGGUGCUAACCACCUUCAGAACAGCAACAACAACAACAACGACAACGGCAAUGGAAAUGGUUGUACGGCCAAGCAGAACGGCGUCGGAACGAAUCGGGAAGUGGUGGCCAGGUGGCGGGUACCGUUGUAUGGGAAAAUCUACGAGAUUGAGUUCGAGCAUGGGACGGCCAGCGGGAAACGGGUGCUGUGGAUUGAUAAGCAGGAAAUUUUCCGACGGGAUUGGAUGUUCAAGCUGGUGGGCGAGGACAUGUUCAAGCUGGAUGAUAAACGGUGCAUUAUAAGGGUCGACCCGCUGCCAGGUUUCAAGUACUGCUACUCGCUCUUCGUCGACGGCAAGUCCUACAAACAGUUCACCGAAUCGCAAGCCAAAGCACUCAAAACGUGGGAAAUCAAUCUGAAGGAUAAUUUCUACCGGAUUGUACUGGAAAAAAAUACUCUCAACAUCUACGUCAACGGAAAACUGAUUGAGGAAACCGGUGAAUUCGUAGAUGGCGGCACCGAAACGACAUUCAUCGAGGACGGCAACCGGUUCGUGCUGAGUGCACGAACCAGCGGAAACAAACGGGAAGGGAUUGUGCAUUCACUGGCGGUGAACGGUGUAUCCGCUGACGGUGAUACGGCGGCGAACGAUACUGCGAAAAGCGAAAACGAUGAUGCUGGGGAUGCUCAAUAAUAGAUUUUGAAAUGUGGUUUUAUUGAAAUUACGUGGUGAAAAGUGCAAUUAGUACCUAAUUAUAAAGUGUUGAACUUAAUACAUUUAUUUAAGGCAACUUCUACAAAUAAACAAAUAAAUCCUA